ACCGAGCUGGCCACGGCUCAAGCUCGAUUGGCAAGGCAGCAGCUGACAGGAGUAGGAGUUGGUUUCUUCCGCUUCAGGGCAUCUCGAAUUCCCGAUCUGUUGCAGCGGAGGCAGCGAGUGACAGGGGAUUCGCCGGGAAUAGAGUGACUUGGGAUCAUUCAGCGGAGGGGAAGAAAGCCGGAGAUCGGGGAAGAUGUGCAUGGACAGAGCCGCCGUGCCGGUGAAGAGGGUCUGGCUCGGCCUCGUUGCGCGCCUCGGCCUCCGACGAAAGACCGGCCUGAGGAAGCUGAGGAAGGAGGUGCGGACGUGCGAGUACCGCGACGUGCACGUCAUGUGGGAGAUGCUCAGGACGACGGACGGGCCGGUGCCGCUGGCCGAGAAGGAGGCCGCCGCAGCCGCGGCUGUGGCGGCGGCCACCAGCGCCAGGAAGAAGAAGAACGCGUGGAGGCGGUUCAUCUACUACUGCUGCGCGUUCUGAGCGGCUCAUCGAUCAGCCUCAAGGAUGAACCUUUCUACUGAUCCUAGCUCCUGAAAGAUCAAAGAUCGCUAGCUUUCUGGUCUCUGGACUCGGAUCUUGAGCUCGAUCGCGGGUUCUGCUCUUGGCCGGUGUCGACAGCGAGCAACCGAGGAGCUCAGCUCGUCCGAGACUACUGCUCCCCGGCGAAGAUCGAUCGCCCCGGCGAGAGAGGAUGUGGUACAUAGGAAGAGUUUGGAGUAAGUGUAGAGGGAAAGAAGAUCGCGAGUUGAUCGAGAUGUAUACAAAAAUAACUCGAACAAAGGCUUUUGGUGUUGAUCCGUGUCAGUGCAAAUUCUCCUCAAAAAAAGAAAUUACCCACCCAGGUGUUUCCCCCCCUC